CACGCUGCUGAGCUGAUCGGUGGGCGGAGCUGCUGGCUGAGUCGGGCUGCUGCGUGGGGAAGUGGACCGCUGCAAGCAGAAGCAAGGUCAGCAAACUGUCUUUCAGCAGUUUAGACACAUUUUUGGGAUUAAAGUCGAUUCAUUUAAAGUUGUUGGAAACCCCUGAACACCAAUCAUGUCACAGUUGAGUGGGAAGGUCCAGACCGUCCUGGGUCUGGUGGAUCCGGACCAGCUUGGCCGCACCAUGACCCACGAGCACCUGACCAUGAGCUUUGAGUGCUGCUACUUCCCUCCUCCUCCAGGCGACGAGGCCGUGGCGGAGAACCCGUUCAAGAUGCAGCACAUGCACUGGCUGAGACAGAACCCCUACAGCUGCCACGAGAACCUGCUGCUGCUGCAGGAGACCAGCGCUGUGCGGGAUGAGCUGCUGGCCUACAGGAAGGCGGGCGGGGGCACCAUAGUGGAGAACACCACCACGGGCAUCGACCGGGACCUACCCACCCUCAGGCAGCUGGCCAAGGACACCGGGGUCCACGUUGUUGCUGGAGCAGGGUACUAUGUGGACAGCACCCACACCGAGGCCACCAAGAGAAUGAGUGUGGAGAAGCUCACAGACAUCAUUGUCAGCGAGGUGCUUCACGGUGCAGACGGCACAGACAUCCGCUGUGGCGUGAUCGGAGAGAUCGGCACCGGCUGGCCCAUUACAGAGAGUGAGACGAAGGUGCUGAAGGCCACGGCUCACGCUCAGACGCAGCUCGGCUGUCCCGUCAUCAUCCAUCCCGGGAGGAACCCUGUUGCUCCGGCUGAAGUCGUCCGGAUCCUUCAGGAGGCCGGUGGUGAUAUCAGCAAAACUGUCAUGUCACAUCUGGACAGGACUAUAUUUGAUGAUGGUGAACUGCUCGAAUUUGCGAAGCUGGGGAGUUAUCUGGAGUAUGAUCUGUUUGGAACGGAGAUGCUGAACUACCCGUAUAACCUUGAGGUGGACAUGCCCAGCGACAGCCAGAGAGUUAAAGCCUUGGCGUUCCUUGUGAAGGAGGGCUACGAGGACAAUAUAGUGGUCGCACACGACAUCCACACCAAGAACCGUCUCACCAAGUACGGCGGUCACGGUUACUCUCACAUCCUGAAGAACAUUGUGCCGAAGAUGCUGAUGAGGGGCAUCUCGCAGCACCAGGUGGAUAAGAUCCUCAUCGACAACCCGAAACGCUGGCUGACCUUUAAAUAAAGCAUGAACAGAGACCCAAAGAAGGUGUUUUGAUGUAGCGAUUAUUUUAUCUUCAGAUGAUUACUGAACACCCCACAAUGAAUAAUUUGAGAUCUUUGCAAUAAUCACAGUCCAAACUCUUUUAUAAAUGUUCUUUUGGACCCGCAAACCAAUGAGCUUUCGGUGUUUGGGCAUGAAUUUGUCUUCAAUGGGCUUACAUUUUUCAGCAUAGCAAAAUGUUCUAUCACUUUGUCUUUCCAAUGGAAAAUAAUUACAAGCCGUUGUUUCAUCCAGCUGAAAGAGCUUUUAUACAGGCCGUCAUUAAUUAAAACUUGAUUUUAUAUUUGCGAUUAUACAUUAUUCACUUUGAAUGCAAAUUAUAUAAAGGAGAAUGCAGGUGCCUCUAAUAAGCAGUCAUGUUUUGUCACAAAAAUAGCUUUUUCAUGUCUGCAGAAAUGUGAAAAGAAAUAUUUUCUUUUAUGUCGAGGUAUUGCCUACAGUUGUGCUCGCUAAUAUGGUGCUAAUUGAUUUUUUCCAGAGUCAAUGUCACCGUUUCUUUUGUAUUUGUAAGCGACAUUUGGAAACAUGUUUUUAUGAGUUGAAAAUAACAAGCGUGUUAGUAAUCAGUAUGCUGCUCUGCUCUUGUCACAAUGCGGCUGUGUUAGAUGAGUUGUCCUGUUGCCCCUCAGUGGGUGUCUGGGUGUCUAUAGGAGGCUGACUGGCUGGCAGGCCCCGAUGAAGGACAUGUUCUCCUCUCAUCUGGGAACAGGUGGCCUCACAGGGUGACUUCACCACAUGAUCAAUGGCAUGAUCGCCACAGCUGACUGUUCACCAUGAACAACUACAUAACUUUGAUUUAUCUUCAGAGAGGAUUAGAGAGCGAGCCAGAGGACUUAAUUGUACAUUAUAUUUUACACAUUGGCUGACAGUGUUAUCUGGAGGGGCUUAACAGUCAGCAAGCAGAUCAUCGUCAAGCUCGAGGAAACAUUUCUGUCAGUGUGACUGUCCAGUUUGUGAUGGUGACUAACCACCAGGCCACCCCGUGGCCCCAACCAGCUGUCAUAUUGAGACAAGAAAAAUUCAAUUCAAAUUCAAAUUCAAUAUGAGCAUCAGAAUGGCCCUUUUUACAGAUUUUGUUCCUCUUUAAAGUGUUGAAAUAUUAUUUUUUUAUAAUCAUGCAUCACCACAGCUUUUACAUUUUCACGUAAAAAUGCAACAACCAUCAAAUAUUUUUGAAAAAUAAAGCACACACGUGGACUGUGAACACUGUGAA